CACAAACAGUGUCUGGAAAUGAAAAUUAAAUUCAGACUGGUUAAAAACUAAAUUAAUUGCGUUGUAGUUAGCUUCAUUGGUGAUUUUGAUGUCAGUGGUUGGCCGCCGUGCUUGUCAAAUCAAUAAUGAAUCAUUAGGACAAAAUGCAACAAUUGUACAAUAAUAACAAAUAACAACAAUGUCUGAGCCCAGCGUGAACGACACUAGUGAGACCGAAAGCCUUGAAGACGAAAUCGAGCCAAAACUGAAAUACGUGCGCUUAUCUAACGACUUGCAGAACAUUUUGUUGACCUCCUCGGCCACUUGCAUCGGUGUGCACCCGAAAUUCAUCUGUCUGGGGUCCCACUGGGGCGUCAUCCAUCUCCUCGACCACCAGGGGAACAGCAUCAAGAGCAAGGAAUUGCGCCCCCAUACUGUCGCCGUCAACCAGAUUUGCAUCGACGCCAGUGGCGAGUACAUCGCGACGUGUUCUGACGACGGCAAAGUCUUCAUCCACGGCCUCUUCUCGAAGGAAAACAGCCUCCAUUUGAACGUGGGGCGACUGGUCAAGACCGUCGCUUUGGACAAAAACGGGGCCAAUCGCAGAUUCAUCACCGGCGACGAUAAACUAACACUUUACGAACGCAGUUUUUUGGGCAGUCUCAAACCCACGGUUUUGUGCGAAAGCGAAGGCCUAGUGCGGAGUCUCUCCUGGGGGGAGAAUUUCAUCGCAUGGGCGAGCAACAUUGGGGUGAGGGUGUACGACAUCACAGCGAGGUGCUCUCUAGGACUCAUCAAAUGGGAGGAACAUCCUGGGAUUUCCAUUGAUAAGUUUCGGUGUAAUUUGAGAUGGGCUGAUAGUCGAACACUGCUGAUUGGAUGGGUGGACACAGUACGGGUCUGUGUCAUACGCAAAAGGAGCAACUUUGAAAUGGCCAAUCGGGACUUACCCGAAUUUUUAGUCGAUCCGGUGUCAACGUUCCAAACCGAGUUUUAUAUUAGUGGAAUUGCGCCGCUUGAUCACCAGUUGGUUUUGUUGGGUUUUCCGAAGGAAUUAGACGAGAAUCAAAAAUCGUUGCGUCCACAAUUGUAUAUAGUCGAAUAUAGAGAUAACGAUUAUUCGGAUGUUUGUACUGAUAGCUUAUCACUGCGUGGUUACGAAGAAUACACUGUUAAUGAUUAUCACUUGGAUGUGUUAAUUGAAGAAAAUCGGUUUUUUAUUGUCGCACCACGAGAUGUCGUUAUUGCAAGUCCUUACGAUUUGGACGAUAGAAUUCAAUGGUUCAUCCAACACAAUAAAUUUGAAGACGCUUUGGAUAUUUUAAUGCAGAGUGACAGCCGCCACAUUCACCGACAUACCGUUCAGUCUGUUGGUAUCGACUAUUUAGAUCAUUUAUUAAGUCGGGAAAUGUACGAUGAAGCUGGGAAAUUAUGUAUGAAAAUUUUUGGAAAAGACUCAAACACUUGGGAGGAUCAAAUUUAUAAGUUUGCAACAGUACACCAAUUACGGUCUGUAAGUCCCUAUAUUCCACGAGCGCUAGAUUCGAAACUAAAUCCGCACAUUUACGAAAUGAUUUUGUACGAAUUUUUAAAAUUGGAUGCACAGGGUUUUUUGAAUUUGGUUAAAGAGUGGAACCCGAAUUUGUAUAACGUUUCAGCGGUGAUUAACGCCGUUUUGGAACAUCUGCUAGUCUGUGAAAUUGAUAAAAAUCUCUACUUGGAAGCUUUAGCUAUUUUGUACAGUUUUUUGAAACGUUAUGACAAAAGCUUGUCGAUGUAUCUCAAGUUAAAGCACAAAGACGUUUUUACCCUAAUCCAGAAACAUAAUUUGUAUGGUGUGAUUCAAGACAUGCUCAUUGACUUGAUGGAACUUGACCAUAAAAAAACCAUAGCUCUUUUAUUAGAAAAAAACUCAAUUUCGAGCGACAAAAUCGUCGAAAAGCUCAAAUCGACUGAAUUACAUUUAUACAGGUUUUUAGACGAGUAUGAUAAGAAAAAUCCUAAGGGGAAGUACCACCGUGAGUUGGUACGUCUGUAUGCGAUUUUCGCGCGUGAAAAAUUGCUCCCCUUUUUGAAAAAAUCCGACCAUUACCCAAUCCAAGAAGCGUUAGAUAUUUGCAAAAAAGAGAAAUUUUACCCCGAAAUGGUGUAUUUGUUGGGGCGAAUGGGAAAUAUCGAGGAGGCUCUUGAUUUGAUAAUAAACGAAUUGAAAGAUAUGCAACAGGCGAUUUCUUUCUGUCAAGAACACGACGAUCCCGAUUUGUGGAAUGACUUAAUUAAUCAUUCAUUAAAUAAACCGGAAUUUAUCAAAUUUCUAUUGCAAAGUAUCGGGACUUAUGUCGAUCCGACUGUUUUAGUACAAAAAAUCAAAAACGGCAUGGAAGUACCCGGCUUAAAAAAUUCUCUAGUGAAAAUGUUGUAUCAAUAUAAUCUUCAAGUUUCCGUUCAGGAAGGGUGCAAAAAAAUUCUAGUCUCGGAUUAUUUCAAUCUUUUACGAAAACUCGUCAAGACGCAACAGAAAGGAAUUGGUGUAACGGAAGAACUCAUGUGUGGCGCUUGCCAUCACAUGGUACUCGAAAAGGACCCAUCCAGGUGCACCAACAUAACAGUUUUCAAUUGCAAACAUGCUUUCCACGAACAAUGCCAACCUGACAACACCACCAGGUGCGGCAUCUGCUAUCCAUCCGAAAAAUAAAAUCCCCGAGUCUGCAAGUUUUGAUCGACCCAUGCCGUGAUCCUCGAGCCCCCAUUGUACCCGCAAAAGUCCAGUUGCGAAGACAAGUGUACGAGAAACUUGGGUGCUAGAAAAUCGCUCUUGGUUUUCGUUUUCUGGUAUUUGAGGGGGCCCCCGCGCGCUUCCUGGACAUCAAGACUCAAUGCACCCACCGGAGUCGGAGACAGCGAAUUCGACUCGAACGUACUUACUAAUAAAUUCUCAUUAAACAUGAUAUUUUUGAAGAUGUUAUCGUCUGUAACAAGGCCGCUUUUUACAAUUAUUUAAGUAUUUUGGUAAACAUAAACUUACUUAUAUUGAAAUUUGGGAUUGUUUUGUCCAAAGACAUCCAUCCACUUUUCAUUUGGGGUUUUUUUAAUCUACGGCGCGGUUUUGCUCGUGUGGC